GUUUUCACAGACGCACGCGGUGCAAUGCCGCUCCUAGUCACGCUGCUGGCCCUAUUUAAAUGCCGGUGACACCGGCUGCUACCAACGCAGUAUCGUUUCAACCAGCGAGCGGGUCGCAAAAUCGGUGUUCGAAUUAGCUUAUCAACCGGCGGCUCGGAGCCCGAAGAAACAGUGAAACAGGGCAACCAAAUAAACACUAACCGGCCGAGUGCAAACAACCGAAAAAAUACCCGUCCGGCAGACAGGCAGACAAAACGCCGCCAGACAGACUUGCAGACAGUGAUUUGUUUGAUUACCGGCGUGGAGUGGUGGUGUCCGCGAGAUUAGUUUGAAAGCUCAUUGCGAGUCGUGUACUGCGGUCACGGGCAAUCUGCAAAUCUGUUAUGGAACAGUGUCGCCGUGUUUAACGAAACAAUCGAUCGCGACAGUGCUGUAAAACACACCGAAACAUGAUAAAGAGAUUCUGUUUGUACAUGAGUGCGUUCGUUGGCGUGCUGCUGUACGUCGUGGUGGACAGCAAAGCAUGUGACCCACCGCCGUACGUCAGUCGCAGCUUCUGGGACGCAAAACCCCCCAAACUGAUCGAACGAUUUGCCGGCCCCAUCCCGUACGUUAUCAUCCACCACUCGUACCAACCGGCCGCGUGUCACAGUAAGUUGGAGUGCAUCAAAGCGAUGCAAUCGAUGCAACGGUUCCACCAGGACGAGCGCAAUUGGAACGACAUCGGUUACAGCUUCGCGGUCGGUGGCGAUGGACGGAUAUACCAGGGGCGAGGAUUCAACGUCGUCGGUGCUCAUGCGCCCCGCUACAACGCCAACAGUGUCGGAAUUUGUCUAAUCGGUGAUUGGACCGCGGAAUUGCCACCCAAAACAAUGCUCGCCGCUACGGAAACCGUCAUCGAGUACGGCGUCCGACAGGGCAUCAUCGCCCAGAACUACACGUUGCUCGGCCACCGACAGGUUCGGGCCACCGAAUGUCCCGGUGAUAGGCUGUUCGAAGAGAUCAAAACGUGGCCACACUUUUCUCCGAUGACCGACGUCGGCGAUAAAAAUAAUGUAUGACCCGAUCGCAGAGCACACGGGUGAAGACUGUUGUCGACCGGCGUUCCUAGAAUAUCCUGCGCAAAGUAUUAGUGUGUUGAUGAGAUGAGAUGUAUUGAUAAAUAUGUGUGAAUGUUUCUUCGAAAUACAGAAC